UCGUUUUAAUACACUUUAAAUCAACACAAAAAACACAAACACAGAUAAUACAAAAAGAAACUAUAGGAAUAAAGUAAAAACCAAUAAAAAUGUCGGGCGUAAGGAUUGGAGAGACGUUUGAAGAAGAUAACAUUGAAGACAGUCAGGAAUCCGAAUCAGACCCAUGGGAAAUUCGCUUUCCCCUGCCGGAGCAAACAAAUCCGUUCUUGUGUCGUGAUGAGUUCCUCAGAACCUUCAUAGAGGAGCACGAGGCCCGGGCAAUGUCGAUAAGGCCAGGAUCAUCACUUCGGCCCACUUCGGUGGUCAAUAAGUGGGCGAUGGAGACCACGGAUCCGGGCGCGGAAAAGGGGGCCGAGGCGAUGGUUGUGCUGCAGCUGGCCAAAGAUCGUCAAAGAACUAAGAUCAGAAUGACCGCGAAGGAAAUUAUAGAAUGCAUCAGAAUGAGAUCGACCCUGCUGGCUGAUCUGAAUCGACAGUGCCAAAAGGCGGCCAUCGAGUUCCUAUCGGUUCGCCUGCUCAAGCAAUUGCGGCUCUUCUCGAAUCCUUGGCCAGGAGGACUGGAAGAGAUGCCAUACAACCUGUUCAGCUGGUCGGUUGAGGACUUCAUGACGCGUCUAGACAUAAAGCAGAUCUAUCUAGAUGUAAUUAAUCGGGAACGGAGUGUUGAGGAGCUCGACUGCAUCAAAUUUUGCAAGGAUCUGAGCGAAAUCGAACUACUUAUAUACGAAAUUCGAGAGGAUUAUCGCGACGACAAGGAUCUAUGCGAACACAGCAUUAAAACGUUAAAGGGUGCCCAAUACAUCAAUAAUGCGCCUUGGGUUAAGACUCUCAAUGAAAACCUGCAAGGCAUCAAGGACCAACGUAUGAACGCUUUGGUUUUCAAACGAAGUAGCUCCUUCAAAAUGAUAUCCCGACAAAAUUCGGUUAUGGGCGACUAUGAAAACGCCUCGGCUCUGGAUCCCAUUGAGAUGCGUUAUGAGAUCAAUUGGAUUAGGAGCUGUACAGACCAGCGUUUACUGCGGAUGAACGGCAAGGAGGACGCGAUCAGUGAUGAACUAAAGCGGCUCGAGGUGCAGGCCAAGCAGGACGAAUCGGUGCAGUACUCCUGCGAGCUAAUGUACUCCUUGCAAGUGGGACAUCUCAGGGAGAGCAUCAAGCAGUGGCAGGAGCGACAGGAGACCGAUCUCGAGAACGCCGAUGUCAUGUGCACUGUUGCCAAGCUGGCUGUGCAAAAGUUGAGAGACGAUCUCAAGUUCUACCAGGAACAAAAGGAAAUGUAUCUGAAACGAAUAGAAGAAGUUCAAGCUAUUUUAGCCCGAGAGGAGGAAGCUCGCCUACGGAAGGAGGUUGCCGCUAUCGAGAAGCGAAUGUCAAGAGGGUCUUCGGUAAAUAGAAAGUCUGGAAAUGCUGGAAAAAAAACCAAAAGGAUGUCUGAGAAGAAGGCUGAGAGAAAGUCAGAGAGAAAGUCUGAGCGAAAGUCUGAGCGAAAGUCUGAGCGAAAAUCUGAGCGAAAAUCUGAGCGAAAGUCUGAGAGCAAGUCUGAGAUCAAGUCUUGAAGAGAGAAAUUCUAAGUGUUUUAGCAUUUCCUUCGAUUUGGAACUAUUAUAUAUGUUUGCAAUUUCCCAAAGAGAACAUUAAAAUACUUGUUUAAAGUUAA